AUGCCGUCUCGGAAUAAAAUCCUGAGGGCCGCCUGGAAGAGGCUGAACCGGGGACAGGCCGAGCCCUGGAAGGAGAAGUUGAGGAUCCUCGUCCUGAAGUGGAUUUACAUCCUGACAGGCCGCCCCAGGAAAGCCCGCUACACCGUCUACAGGAAACGCCGGGCCCAGAUGUGCUUUGAGUCCCUGUGCCUCUGUUGCCCCGAGUUCGAGUGCUGGAAGCGGGCGGAUGAGUUGCUAGGAGCACAGGCCAAGCCUCGGCCUACGCAGCAGGCCCGCAUCGAGGAGGACAAUGUCGUGAAGGAGUGCUUGCGAAGCACCGGCGGCCUACUCUUCGGCAUAACCUUCACCAGCGUCUACGGCCUGUUCGUCCUCUUCAUCCAGGAGUACAACCUGUGGUACUGCCUGGUCACCACCAUCACCAUCGCUGUCCUCCUGGGCCUGGGAAUGGGCCUCUCUGCCAAGAUCCGUGUCAACGCCCUCCUCAUGGUGCCCCACAUUUUCUCCAAGCAAGGCAAGUCAUUUCUCCUGGCGCUAGCCUUCGGCCUGACUAUCGAAGGGCCGCUUCAGAACAUCAUCACAAACUUCACCCGUGGCUCGGAGUCCAUUGCCUGUGGGGCAGAGCUGGCCUUGAACCAGACCAAGGAGCUUCUAGAAAAGGCAAAGGAGCCACUCGUAGCCGCCCUCGAUAAGAUCAAGAUCAUUGCAACAAAGGCCAAGUCGGUUGGUGACCGAGUGCAGAAGUUUUUCGUUUCCAUGAAGAAUUCGAUUCGGCACAUCGUGAGGAGCUUGCGGAACAUCAUGCACUGGCUCUCCCACAUUGGCAUCAUGUGUAACAAGGAGCUGGGGGAGCCCUACAAGAAAUGCAUCAGAGUUUUUGAUGAUGCUAUCAGCCACUGCCUUUCGCUCCUCAACAUCUUCGGGUUCCUCUGCUACAUCGUCAAUGUCGUCAAGCCCCUCUGCGGCUUGGCCACAGUCAUCCAGUUGUUCUGCCUGAUCCCAUCAUACAUCAAGGACCAGCUCACCAAGCGAGUGGCAGAACCCAUCUCUGACGCCUUGGACAACGUGGCAAAGGAAUUUGAGUUCAACAUUUCCAUCCAGCAUCACUACCACCUCCAUAUGAAUCAAUCAAAGAGCCUUUCAAACGUAGCCCUGGACAUUAUGGAGGAGAUUCGAGAUCGCGUUGGCGUUGUCUAUGAAACCAUCGGAAUCUUUGGCUACAGUACCACCAUCAUCAUGAUCUACCUGCACAUUCAGGCGUUGGUGUAUCGGAAAAAUUACCUGUUCCGAGAUGACUACGACAAUUGCUACAUCACCAACCAGUUCCUGGAAAUCGACAUCAUGAGGGCAAAAACUGGGAAAAGUACUAUUCUCCCUCUCAGAUUCCAGGAGGCAUGUAAAUACGUCCGACCCUGGUCCUACUAUAUGACGGUGUCAGAGAAGCAGAAAUAUAUUGUGGGCUUCACCACGGUGCUAAGGCAGUCUGUAUCCGUCGUGAUCAUCAUCCUACUGGAUUACACCAUCUUCUGGAUCCUCGAUAUGGUCAGUUACCAUCUGCAAGUGGAGAUUGUCGCAAGAUCUCCGGUGAUCCUGGGAAUCUCCAUCAACGGCACCGGAUAUGCCUCAGAUAUUUACCGCAACAUGGUGGCAGCGUUUGAUGUGGUACAAAGUGGGAACAUUACCGUAGUCUCCAAGAGGUGUGCGAUAAUCCCCUCACCUCCAAACUACAAAAUCUACUCACUAAUCGGAGUUUUAUAUGGAAUGACAUUCUUCAUUGUUUUAUUCGGAUGUUACAUAUCCAGAUUGCGGAGAUAUAUCUGCUCUGUCUACUACCCAUCCAGAGAGCGGGAACGGAUCUGCUACCUGUACAACCAGAUCACCUCCAAACGCACGUCCCUGCUAAAGGCUCUCUUCCAGGCAGUCCAGAAAAAUUCCACCGACGCAGGGCACACUAACUUCCUCCUCGUCCUGGCAGCAAGGUACAAGGUCUUUGCUUGGAUCGCUGCAUUCACUGGAGUAUCUCAGAAAUAUUGCAUGGCCUGUGGUCGCAUUGCCGAAGACGAGGACUACGAGAACUUUGUACCCUGCAUCACUCCCAGCUGCAAAGGUUUUUAUUGCACUGACUGCUACCAACACAUGAACAAUAUCUGCUCCAUCUGUAUGGGACCACUGGCAUACCAGGGAGACAUUGAUGAGGAGGUGGACUCCAGCGACUCUGGCAAAGUGCAGCUGUGGCUCAGCGCCCUGGAGAGCAUGAAGACACGACGCGACAAGGCCAAGCGGGAACGGAAGGAGCUGCGUGCCCUGCUGAAGCAGAGGAUCAGGGCCGCCCUGUACGAGGACCUGGGCGUCACGAGGGAGAAGGAGGCAGCUCUCAAGGCCACCCUCCACCGGGAUAUGCCGGGAGAGGCAGUCAGGAAGCGAAGGAAGCCAAGCAGGCAGGAAGCUCCUGGGUUUCACCGUGACAAAAGUGACAGCGAGCUGGAUUUCGGGUACCAGGAGAAGUCGCCAGAGGAGGAGACUAGUCUGGAGGAGCCGUACGAACCCAGCGAGUUCAUCGCCAAGAGGAGCAGCCGGGACAUGGUCACCGUCGCCGACCUGGAGGAGGCCGAGAGGCAGAGGCACCGGCGACGACGGCGGGAUUCAGCCUCUGCCAGCGGCUCGGCCGGCAGUGAGGCUGGGUCCCUGAGGGACGUGCGCGUGGACAUGCCCAGCGCCACCUCUACCACCGUCUCCUCUCAGGCGCAAACUCCCCGCACCUACACCCACAUGGAUGAGGACUGGAAACUGGUGCUGCCUGAACUUGGAUAG